AUGGACGGAUUAAAAGCUAAUCUUGCUGUACUGCUAGCUGAACAUGAUGAACUUGAAGAUAUCAAACGCAGAAUCAUGAAAGUUUGGAAUGAGGCUAAAACCAAACGAGAUGACGUCGAAAUGACGUUGCAACUAGCGGGCAAUGGAGCACAGAUGGAAAGCUUAGCGCACGAAUUGAACGAAGGGAAGAUGACAACUCGUAAGUUCGUUUGUGAUGUAAUUUAUCGAAGAGAAAUAUUGCUAAUGAUGAGUAAUGGAUCGAAGCAACAGCUCGCAGAGCCAGGAGUUAUCGCGAUGAAUGAGCUACUGGACACGAUUCCGAGUGAAAUAGAUGACGCACAGCAUGAGAGUAGGACCGAGUCGCACAAAGCCGCAAUAACAAAGAUUGAUGAUACAAUCAAGUCUGAGAAUAAAGAUGAUAGACAGAACGAGAGUGAGGAAGAUGGUGGUAAGGACAAGGGAACGAUACGUAGCGAAUUAAGUGUAAUUUGCUGA